GAUAAAGCGGACGACGUGUCCCGCUUAACAGUAAUUGUGAUAAAGACGACUUGUGUGUCUCGGAUUCCAGACGUUCGUGCGACUCGUGUAGGCCGAAGAGGCCUCUUCGUCGAACGUCGCCGUCGCCGUUACCACCUCCGCCCUCCUCCUCCUCCUCCUCCUCUGUUUCUACCGCCACCCUUACCCUUCGCGAUCGUGAAUCCCGCGUUCCCGACGGGAGUGAGGCGCGUUACUCGUUUAUUCUGCGGCCAGAUCGCUUCCUAUUCCGCAGGUGGUGCGUAACGAGGCGGCGAAAAAGAAGGUGGGAGGAAAGGGAAGAGACGGAAAAAACGGGGUGCGAGGGAGUGAAGAGGGGGGAAUGGAAAACGGCGCGUUAUCGGCCGCUUCCGGGCCCUUUGUCGAUCGCCACGCCUUCGAAGCUGCGUUUGCGCCACGCCAUUUGCGCAACAGUUGGAAGUUGGAAUUUCGCCACCCUGAAAAUCGUCGCCCCCGCGCGCGGCCCAACUAAGGAAGGGAGAACGCAACACCGCUGCCUUCCCGCUGCCGUCGUGGACGAGAAUCCAGGAGAAGCCCGUCGCCGGCUGGCCACCCACCCUUCGCCCUUCAUCGUUUGCGAGAGAGCGGCCGUCGUCGGCAGUCCGUGAAUCGUGCGCACACAUGGCCGAUUGCCGUACGUUACAUGCACUUAUACGGGGUGUCUCCGAGGACGCAUGCUUCCUUAGUAGCUAAAGAACGAAACAAUUUUCUCUCUACUCUGCCGUUACUUACUUAUCACACUAACAGGGUGGGAAGUUGGUAAUCGUAAAAUCGAUAGGAACGAAAAAACAAAGUGAAUUCUGAUAAUUGGUAUUAUAUCACCGUCAACUCUGUUAAAAAUUAUGGAGUAGUUACUUCAUGGGCAUUUAAGGAAUUUUUGCAAAUUGUAUAUUGAAGCAAUUCGAGGCGUUUAUUGAAUAAUUGAGUGAUAUCAUUGGUUGCAGAUUUUUAAAUAUUCAUGAUCCGAAGGAAGUACGCGGAUUCCGGAGCGUCUUGUAUCAUAUCGCGCCGCAUUGUUCCACACGCUAAAUUUAACAGCUGACCCGAUCAAUUAACAGACUCGGAACGAAGGCGUAGUUGCUCGGCGACGCUUCCGACGCGUCCCUCUUAUUCUCUCGGUUGUAUCCCGAGAGUACAGAAUCAACAGUGCUCGUUCUCCAUCUUCGUGGAAAUUCGCCGGCGAAGUAAAAUACGAUUUCGCCACCACGCACACGCGUAUGCCUCGCGCGUCGAAGCGUCGUCUUACGCAACGCGUCGCUUCGCGCCACGCAUUUCGAGGUGCAUCCGACGCAUCCAUGCAGAGAUCCCACUUUACGCAUUGUUAAACGACGCCUUUUGCAAAAUUAUGCGAACUCUCCUCGCCGCUGAGGAGGGGCGAUCCGGCCCAUUAUCAUGCAUCAAUAUACCAAUCCGACACGUGGUAACGCAAAAUUGUGAGAAUUUUUUUCCAACCUACGCUCCAAUCUGGCACCGUGCAUUAAUGACCGGCCUUUAUCCUGGCCUUUAUCCGACAUUACGUACUGUACACGCUGGCGUCGUCGACGUAAAUCGACACGCGAUAGGUAGUAAGGAGACUCAUGGAAAAAAGAUCGCCUGUAAGAACGGCAGCCCCUUCUCUUCCCAUCCUAUUACACCCAUCUGUUCCAUACAGCUCGGACGUUCAAUGGACACUCUUGCACGUCCCUUGGAUGUCCCGUGUAACGCACGGAUAUCCGCGUUGACUGUUGUUUUCGAGAAAAAGUACCCGGAUUUCGAAGUACUUGCAUGCGACAUCGUGCUCUCUGCUGAAAUUCGUGAUAAGGAACUCUGGCAAAAUAAUUCAGACGUAAUCAAACGGAAAUGUCUUUUCGUGAAUUUAUUUUCGACUCGUUUUACAAUCCGUGAUAGUUUUAUCGUAGUACUGAUUAGAUUUAUCACGUAACGCUCUUCGCACGAGUGAUUCUCGCGGAAUAACAAGCAACGGUCGCAUUAUCUACUCUCAGUGAGUACUGGGGAAUCCAGGUAUCUCGGAAUAUUGACUGUGCACUUGGGAUAUCCGUGUCGCGCGCGAGCGUGACACGCGCUCGCGCGCUCGGCGGUGCCUCUUCCCCGGAGGGGGCGGACGCACCGCCAACAGCACGCUUUCCUUCGUCUCCAUCGGGUUGAGAGACUCGACAAUUCCGCCGCUUGUCUCGCCGUCGCGCCAUUCGACGUGCCGAUCGAAGCGCCAGGAUUUUUCCAGAGCGGCGGAAUCGCGGAGUCGCCACCCCGAUAGCUGUUCUCCGCUGGGCCCCGCGCGCUGCCAUGUAGUACAACAACACUCGGGGCCUGUUGGGAGAAGGGCAGAAAGAGAAGCUUCAUCAGAGCGGCCUUGAGGCUGAGUGACCAGCCAAUCCCAAGCCCCCGCUCGGCGAAGGAGGUGGCGCGGGAUUGGCUGAGCCUUCUUCACGGUACCAACCGCGACUUCUUCCGGACGCUUCCGGUCGGGGACCACAAGGCCGAUUCCCCAGGAGCGGCAGGGGCCCCUGCACUGUUCUCCCAGCACUCUGUCCGAGCAGCAGCAGCAUUCGAGAAUUGCGAGUAGGUGCCGACAUACGUGGUUACCUGGGCCGACCCGCGAUCGGAAAUCUGGAAAUCCCCCGAUACCGCGCUCCAGUCGACGAUCGAACCGGUGUGAGCACGGUGAGUUCGAUUCUCGAUGCGAUAGAUACGAGAGAACGAAUCUUACGCGGCGACCAUUUUCUCAGAACGCGACGCGUUUCCGUUUCAGCGACUGACUCGCCGUCGCUUUUGCGAGAGUUUUGUUUCAGUUAAAUAAAAGUACGAGCAGCACUCGGACCGAUUCUCUUCGUCUUUUCUUUUCAGUUCUGAGUCUCGAUAGAAAUGUUCGGCGGAACCGAGGUUUUAAGGCUAAGGUCAGUGAAACCGAUGCGCGCAAGGCUCAUUUUCGCGCGUCCGGUAGCAUCGAAAUCCGAACUCGCCGCGAAGUCGUACCGGAUUCGUACCAACUUCGGGGCUACAUCGCACGCGCGCUGUUACGAUCUCGAGGAGAGACGUAAAGGUAUUUUUUUUCUUUUUAUUAUUAUAUAAAUUUUUUUGUUCAAUCGAAUAGGCAUGGUCUUCGCAGGAGUAGCAAGAAAACUUUCGACGCAGCCAACGGAAGAGACGGUUCGUUGUUCCAAUAGUGUUUCGUACACUUUGGCGAAUCUUUAUUUGGAGGUAAAGAUGAAGUAAAUUUUUUAAGUUCCCUGAUUGAUUAAAAUUACGCGUGGGAAUGUAAAAAAAUACGAAAUCAUCCGAUCCAGGUAGGAGAAGAGUCGAGGAAUCUCGGUCGCCAAAAGUACAAAGAAUUUUAAAAAAGUGCAGCACGUAACAGCGCGCGCGGGUGCAAUAAAUUAACACACCUUCUUCGGCAUUCCGAAAUUAUCGAGCGAACCUAUUCUCGCACUGUCGGUGAUGCCUGGCUCACGAUAUUGCACCAUUAUACUUGCGCGAGUGGCACUCGUAGAUCGGUAUGACCGCCGCACGAUUCACGAUAUCGUUUGCGCCGAGAAAAUGGUAGUUACGAGCAGACACGAGGACCGUUUUCGCGUAUUCUACCCCCCGAGAUGCGACCUCGAUGAAAUCAUCCCGGUUUCGAAGCGUCCGGAGCUAUUCUUGCAAAGAAGAAACAGAAAAAAAAAAGAAAGAAGAACACGACUCUGCAGCAAAUUGAUCGAUACUUUAACGCGGCGGCCAGAUAUGAAACACGGGCCCGCCAAAUGCAACUCGACGGUGGCUGUGCGGCACAGGAAAUCGAUCUCUUGUUCUCCCGUCUGCCUCACUAUUUUUUUUUUCUUUUUUUUGUCCUUUUCUUUUUCUUCGUAUCGCCACGGCGCGCGCGAUACGCCACCCGACUUGGCGAUUUUUGACGCACCAGUCCGGCUCUGUGUGUUGUUGCCGACGCAGGAAAUCGAUCUCUUGUCGGCCUCUUCCUUUUCCCUUUCCUGCGCGUGAAGAAACGCAGCGAUCGCCAAUUGCCGGGCGAUUCCCGCUGCGAUUAUGUACCGCUGAUGAACCGCUGACUCGCUGUUAUCAUUCCCCUCCACCUGUUCACAUACACACGUACACGUACAGUGGCACACAGUCCGGUCUUCGAACUUUGGUGUCGGACCUCAACCUCUUCUUUUGGGGACGGUGGUGUGUCACACGCAUACAUUGCGGCUGCGAUAUGUUACAUUUUGGUCCAGCCGAUUAAUAUAUGUAUGUAUGUAUAUCUCUCUUUCUUAUCCCGGUCCCUAGCGCACAUGAAACCAACGCUUCGGCUACUUUACUGUCCAGCUUGGUUGCCACUUGGUUGAGUUUAUCAAUAUGAGAAAAUAGACCCUCAGACAAUUACUCAUACAGACUCAGGGGCGAGUACUUGUGGUUAGGGUGCUGUAUUGUGUGAUAUUAUAUUAUAUAUAUACAUAUAUAUGCGUUAAUUAUCAUAUUAUGUGCUCCCAACUGCACGUACACUUCAUUAUCGGCACCCCCUUGCGGAAUGAAAGCCUCCUUAGAACGUACGCGCUUUGCUAAGUAGUGCCGUACCUUUAAUCGUGUCGACGUGAGUUUAUGACCAAGUGAGCGGUGGUGUGGGCGCCAUAACUCAAUCUCGCUGCAUCUCUACUAACGAUCGAUCGUAAGCCGUAUCAUACCUCGCGUUUUCUCGGCACGGCCCGAAGGCAGGAAACGAAACCGGUAUGCUUUGCCGAGUUAAUUUUUUGAUUACACGCCCGUGCGAGAAUGCAUCCACGAGUCGUCACGAAUAAACCUAACGAUCUCUGCCUUUCGCGUUUGUAAAUUGUAAGUAUUAUAAAUCUAGACUGGUAGACGUCACAGAGAGUUUCGAUCCUCCAAUACUGAAGAAAAUCGUCUCCGGGCUAUGAUCCAGGCAAGUGUUCAGUGAGGAAUCGUGCGAUGCGAAUCUUGUUCGCUUAAUCUCGCGGCUCGACGAAACUUCCGGCAGACAAAGUUGUUGGAUUUUGAUCUCCAUGAGGCGAACACGUUCCGGAAAGCGUGUCGAAGGGAUAAAAUGUGUAUGAUUCCCCUUUUAAUCGCGUUCGAUCGCGGCUUCUAAAAUACGAUCCUUGGAAACCAGGCCGUUCCUCGUUUGUGGUACCUUCCAUUUCAUCCCUCUACCUUCUAGUUUUUUCGAUAAGAAUAAAGAGAAUACGUUUUUUUUUUUCCUUUAUGAAGAUCGAAAAGUGUUGAGACAGAAUUUCUCGCCAUAUUUUUAGUCUGCAGAAUUGAGCGAGAUCUCGCGAUACCAAUUUUGCAUUGCGAUAUUUUAGCAGAUAAUUUUUGAAAUCGCGAACGUAUCUCUGUGUCGCAACUAUGUUUUUAUCAUGACAUUUUAUUUAGCGUGACAGAAAAAUCGCUGUUCAGUGCAAGACCUAUUGAUCCUUGGAGAACCUGGAUUAAUCAUUUCCAGAGUCACGCAUUUCUCGAUCUCCUCUCCAACAUCUCUGCGAAUGUUCGCCGGAAGAAUCGGGCGGUAUCGCUUCGAAACGCCGAUUCUAAGCGCGUGCUUGUAAAAAAAGCAUCAGACUUUGCAGUAGAAAGGUGAAAGCGUACACGAAUCGAACAAUCGAACAGAAUCCGGUCGCGAUAUCUCUUUCCCUGGCCCGAUUACACCGACAGCCUUGAUUGGCUGACAUUAUGGCCGGCGAUCCUGUUUCUAAAUCGCAAUUGUACCUGAUAAACAAGAUGUUUCCUUACUUAACACAACCUUUCAAGGAACGCUUCGCGAAAAGAAGACCGAUCAUCGUCAAUCGAUUUUGCUUUUCAAAUUUCAGUUUAAGUGUUGAAAGAGUCCUAUUUCGUAACGCUUAAUCUUGAAAAUCAGAAGGAAUGACUUUCCGCCGUGAUUCUGCCAAUUAUAUGGAGCCAAAGCGCGGAUCACGUUGUGCAGCCGAACGUGUAAGCCGAAAUGUCGUUAACCCGUUUAAUUGCCAUCCGCGUGUGCGUGGUGCACGCGACGCGGGAUAAUGGGAAGUGGUAGGAAGCGGGGGAGGAGAACGAGAGUCUCUCGACCCGCGUGCGAGCUGGCGAACGAGCGAACGGGCGUCUGAAUGAAUUUAUUCGGAAGGCAACAAGGGAGCCGGGCCGAAGAGACCGCAUUACCGGGAGCGCGCGCUCGGCGCAUUUCUGAGAAAAUAAACUCUCCCGCGCUUCCACCGGGCCCUGCUCGCGCGAUCGCGCUCGACUUCCUCCCGAAGCGGGUUCCUCUUCCUUGAAACCGAUCAGUCCCUCCCCCUUCUCCCCCCUGCUCGUUGCUCCUGCCUUCUCUAUCGCCCUGUUCGUCGGUGACGCCGAUUUGAGAAAGAGGGAGACCGACUGCGCACGAUUCGCUUCGCGGGUGGAUAACGAGAAAAAAAGGAAAACGAAAGAAAAACCGGUAGAUGCGUUAGGGGAAAAGAGGGGAGGGGCGGAGGAAGGAGAAGAGGCCGGGGCGAACAGGAUAUCGAAUUAUUUUUUUAUUUUUUUUGCUUCGCAGCCCCUUCUCUUGCCUCCUCGCACGCGUAUAUUGAUUUUUAGAAAUUCCUCGCGAGACGGGCGAGCGAACGCGCGAACCGCACCGGUCUAUGAAGGAGCGGAGAGGCGAGGAAGCGGAAAUCGGAGGAGGGAAGAAGCGGCGCGACGAAACCACCCAUGGGUCGCGGACCGCCUUGGGAGAGUACAUUCGAUACGAGCAAAUUAGAGAGUCGCCUCGAGAGAGACCCGCAAAAAUACCCCUUAGUUACCAAUUCCCUCGUGCGGCCUAAAGUUUCCUACGAAAUACUCCAAGAUUCUAUUGUCCGUUGCAACGUACGCGCGUUACGCGUCCUUUAUCUCGCGUCGCGUCAUCGUCGCGAAAUAACGAAAUGGCUACGCCGGGAUUUGCGCGCUCGGACCGUUAAUUUUAAUUAUCAAGCCGAGAAAGAGGGGAGAUUGAAAUUCUCGGCCGCGCUAGGCCUAACUGCGCUAGACGGCCCUGCUUUCGCGGUCGAGAGCAAUCGAAGGCAGUCGGAGUCGUCCGAGCGCACGGAUCGGAGCGAUGUGGUGGGGGAAAGCGCGCCCCUACCCUAUCCCUACCAGGCAGCGUCGUUCGUCCCCCCACUCUAUGGUGACCGUGUCGUUGCCUCUCUCGCUCUUGCGACCGCUUCCUCCGGCCCCUCCGUACGUCUUCCUUCUCCGUCUCGCUCGUUCCCUCUCCAUGCGUCUUGCUCCCGUCUCUUUCUCUCUCUCUCUCUUUGGCACGUUCUAGCUCGUUCCGCUCGUUCUUAACGUCAAACCACUUAGGGCCGCGGACCUCGGCAGUCAGUCGAUCUUUCCUAGCAGCGGCAUUCCGGCAUUUUCCACCUGAUCGCGCGCGGACGGUCCGGCAAACGCCAUUUUGAUCGUUGUUACGUUUCUGUCGUCGACAUCGUCCUUGUCGUCGUCGUCAUCAUCAUCAUCAACAUCCUCAUCGUCAUCGUCGUCCGACUCGCGCGCCGAGAGAGUGAAAGAGGAGUCUCGCGCGUGAAGCGCACGGAGCACGUUCGCAUGUGCGCGCCGCGCGUCGCGUCGCCUCGUAUCAACACCUGACGAUUGCCUCGAAAAACAGUAUACGCGCCCGUACAUGCUACGUGCCGCGCACUAAACCGUGACGCGCGUUGUUGGUGCGGUGCCGGUUUGAUUUCUUUUUUCGUUCGUUCACUCGUUCACCGCUCCCCGCGUUAGGGAGGAAGAGCGAGAGAAAGAGACAGGGCCAGCGAAAGAGUGUGAGAGAAAGAGUAGCCCGUCCGUGCGCUGGACAAGGAGACGGCCAGGACGGAAAAGGACGGUGGCUGUUGUUUUUCCGUCGUGCGGACGCAACGAGAGAGACGAGUCUCGCGUGCGCGGUGCGGAAAAGGGAGAGAGAGAGAGAGAGAGAGAAAGUAAGAGGAACAGAGAGAAAGAGAGAGUGCGUGAGCCCGCGCGUGUGUGCCACUACCGUCGACGACGACGACGACGUCGUUCGCUCGUUCGUCCAUCCGCUCGUUCGCUCUACGUUCCUCUGCCGUAACGUCCUCUCGUCGCUUGGCGCUAGGACCCACGUCGACACACUCACCGGAGAGCACGACCACGAGUUGGGCCGAUACGCCGACCGGAAGAACGAAAGUGAGUCGGUGGUGAGAAGAAGCUGGAGAACCUGCGUCUCCCCGGAAGCUCGCGCCGUUUUAUGCACCGGUGCUACGGCGGGAGGACGAACGGAAGAAGCCGGCACUCGGUGCGUUUCUGAACCAGGACGAGCACGAAGACUUGCUUAACGUUGGCGGGGCAAGGGAGAAGGAGGAGAGGGCGGGCGACGAGAGUGCGGUGAACCGGAAGCGAACGCGACGGUGGCCGGCUCUGUCGAGAAGUUCGCGGCGGUGCCAGGCCCGCGCAUGCUUCAGCAACGAGGUGGUUCAGCAUCAGCAACGACACCCGCGUCCGCUACGACGACGAGCUCCGCAACGUCAUCGUCAUCGUCAUCGUCAUCAUCAUCAUCCGCCAACAUGUUCCCGCAACAGUACUGCCUGAGAUGGAAGUACCAUCACAGCAACCUGCAGACCAUGUUCUCACAGCUGCUCGAACGACAGGCCUACUGCGACGUCACGCUCGCCUGCGAAGGCAAGACGUUGCGAGCGCACAAGGUUGUACUGUCGGCGUGUAGCACAUACUUCGACACGAUCCUAUCGCAGUACGAGGAGAAGGAUCCCAUCGUCAUCAUGCGUGACGUCAAAUUCUCGGACAUCAAAGUGCUUGUCGAGUUCAUGUACAAGGGAGAGAUCAACAUUGAUCACACUAGGCUGUCGUCGUUACUGAAAACUGCCGAGGAUCUACACAUCAAGGGGCUCGCCGAAGUGAGCUGGCGCAGCGACUCCACGCAGAACGACCUGAACAACACCGGUCACAGUCCUGGUGCGGCGACCCCUGGUGUCGAGACUGUCUUGAGAGAAGGCGACGCCGACGAAACGCCACCUCCAAAACAGAGACGCAGGGGUCGUCCACCCUUGGACGACCCACCCUCGGCACACGACGUCUUCACGCCCAAGAUCACCUGCAUCACCGGAAAUACUCGCGGCGGCGGGUAUUACACAGGGAUACCCACGCACGACUCUAAUGUGUCACGUCGAACCUUUUCCCAGGAGGAAAUGAUGAGCGAGGGUGGCGACCAUGAGAGUUGGGACGACGAGAUGAUGAUGAACGAGAAUAACGAAACUCCACUGCCGGUGCUGUCCUACAUGUCCAAGGAUGACAAUACGUCCGACCAAGAAAAGAAAGCGCCUAGCACCCCGUCAAAUUCCAACGCCACGAAUCCGUCGAUCCCCGAGCAGUUCCGGGAUGUGGUGAAGAUGAACGAUUACUUGACGACGGGACGCCGACAGGAGUUCUGGGAGGAGCCGUUCACGCGACGCGUUAUGGACGCCAUCAAGAGCAAAGAACUGGAGAUGAAGACUGCUGCUGAGAUACUCGGCGUCUCCUACGGCACCCUCUACGGCAGAUAUCGCGACAGUUAUGGUUGCCUUAAACACCCGUACAGAGUAAGGGAUUUUUGGUCCGAGCCGGGCCCGGCCGAGGUGUUGGCAAAGCUGCGGAGGAAGGAGAUUACCCUGUUCCGUGCUGCCGAGUUCCUCAACGUGACCGUCCAUACCCUCGCGACGUAUUUAUCAACGCUGCAGGGCCCAGAUAGAAUCUCGCUUGCCGGCGACCUUAGCGUGGUCUCUGGCAGUGGCGGUGGCGGUAGCAGCUGUGGCGGCGGCAUCGACGGUAGCAACACGACGACGGAACCAGCGGCAACAGAAAACAGCGAAUCCGUGAAUGAUAUCCUGCAGAAGAUCAACGCGAACGCGGCGACCGCGGCGACGCUGACCACAACGACGACAUCGAUCAAGCGCGAGGGUGGCGGUUACAUCGAGGUGCCGACCGCGGUGCCGAAAGCAGCCACGUCCGUGCUGGAGAACAAUCCAGACAUUACGAUCGUCAAGACGGAAAACAUGUUGCGCAAGCGCGACUACACGAGGGUGCCCAACACGGAAAACAACAAUGCGAAGCUGAUGAGUGGCGGUGCCGUUAGCGAGGUCAGCCAACAGCAGCAGCAGCAACAGCAACAGCAGAAACUCGCCGACCCGUUGUCGUUGAACAACGACAACAGCAAACCCUAA